AUGGACAAAGAAAAGAAGGAAGUGGGGCAGAAGGAAGCUUGGGGCAGGAAAGCAGCGGGAAGGUGGAAAAAGGAGAAAAGGGCAAGACGUGGGGGAGGAAAAAGGAAAGAAGGGGGCAAGUCAAGAGAUUUCGGUGGGGAAGGGGGGUGGGCCGGCCCAGGGCGAGAGGGGGCGCGGGGGAGGGGGGUGGAAGGGGGGGAGAGCCGGGGGGGGAGGGGGCGGAGGGGCAACGACAAAAUCCCACAGAUUGAGGCGAAAAAGGGCGACAAGCUUAGGCCUCGGCGGAUGUUCAGGUUCCCAACGGCGGCCCAAUCUUUGGAAAAUUCUAAAGCCUUCCAGAACCGGAAGUUCUGGGAUGAUCUGCAGAUUGGAAACGGCGCUCUUGAUGACGUUGGGAUCGCGAACUUCGAUGCGCGCGGAUGUGCUAACGUUAUGCAUUCCUGGGCUACGCUUCAGCUCCAAGAGAGGCAGCUGCCAGAGCUCUGCUCCCGCACUGAGCUGCUCAUCGCGGAUUGCAAUCAGCAAGAGUUGGCGAACAUCAUCUACUCCCUCGGGAGGCUCCGUGUAAAGGCGCCUCUGCUGCCACGAGCGUGCGCAGAGGCAUUCGGAAGGGUGUCUAUGCUAUCUUCCCAGGACAUGUGGCUGAUUAUCUAUGCCUUGUCUCUGCUGAAGCAUCGUGACAAGAUCUUGGUUUCUGCUAUCGCCGAGGAGAUGCGGCCAAGGCUCACCGAGUUUCGCCCGCAGGGCCUGGCGACGACGGUGUAUUCUCUCGGCGUCCUAAAGGUGGCGCCCAGCGCACUGCUCCGCGCAGUAGGUCGGUAUGUACCAAGCCGACUCCCCGAGUUCUGCGAGCAAGAGGUGACCAACACCAUCUACGGCAUGGCCUUGUUGCGGUGGCGUCAGCCCAGCUUUCUGGCUGCUUGCUGCCAGCAUGUCCAAGAGCAGCUGCCGAAGGCCACGCCCCGAGGUAUGUCCUGCGUUGUCUACAGCCUGGCUUUGCUGGAGUUCCACGAGGACGAGUUCUACAGCCGGGUUUGCGACAAGUUUCAGCACAAGCUGACGGCCGCUGUUGCUCAGGACAUCUCGAACGCGGUGUAUGGCCUAGCCCUGCUUGGCACCGUGCAAUCGGGCUUCCUGGCCGCCGUCGCCGAAGAGAUGCCACGGCGCCUUAAGGAGUUCACCGGGCAAGGUUUGUCCAACGUGGUAUAUGGCUACAGCGUGCUGGACCAAAGAUACCCGUCGCUUCUCCGAGCUGUCGCAUCGCACCUUCCAUCGCGCUUCGACGAUCUCACGGAGCAGAACAUUUCCAACAUUGCCACCAGCUUAGGCGCAGUUGUGGUGACUGUCGACAACAUCAUUGAGUCAGGGGAGGGUGGGGAUUUAGAAGCCCUGAAAGCCUACGUCUGGGAGUUUAUUCGAUCAAAUCGGUUGCCCAAGAAGGACCCAGGCCGCCCCCCCAAGGCUGCUGAGCUGGUGCGCAACAAGCAGCGCGCGGCGCUCUUUGCGAACCCCCUGGGCAAGGCGUGCUUCGAGCUGGACAAGGCACAAGUCCGGGCUUGCCUGGAUGAUCUGCGAAAGCACGAUUUGCUUGAGCCCGGCCUCGUCUAUGUGUCGGAGGUGCGGCCUCUGAGCGAUGCGCAGGCGCUCUCUUCCAAGGAGUGGAAAGCAUUUCAAUUAGAGAUUGGCUGCCAGCCUCUCCUGAUGGUAUGCCUGGCUUGUGGCCGAGAGCUAGAGCGGCUCAGAGUCGAGGGAGCUGGAGCACAGAAAGAGAAAGCAGUGCAGAUGCUCGCUGGUGAGAUUAUCGGCCUCCUGGUAGAAUCUGGGGCGGACCCUGGCCUAGUCGACGUCGGCCCGCUGGAAAACACGGCCCUCCACCUGGCAGCGAGGUAUGGUGCCGCCAAGCUCAUCAGCUUUCUGUUAUCCUUGGGCACUAACCCCACUUCGCUGAACGCUGACGGAUGCACGGCUGAAGUUGUGGCUUCCAGAUGUGGGCAGGUCCUGUGCCAGCAGAUUUUACAGGUGGUGGUCGCGAACAUGGGAAACCAUGCUGACGAGGAGUUGCUGGACAGCAGCCCCAGCAGCCGGCAGCAACGCAAGAAGUGGAAAGCUCGAAAGCAGAGUCGGGGGCGGAGCGACAAGCAAAGCGAGGUGGAAGAGGUGGAGAUCCACGAAGACGAUGAUGAGAUGGACGGUGAGCGCAAGCCCCGCGAGGGACGGCGAAUACGCGGAGCCAGGUAUGGCCCUGACGGCCUCUGGGCCAUGUUUGACAAGGAUCUCGCCAGGCGGCAAAGCAACGAUGAGUCGGAGUUUAGCAGCAGCGAGGAGGGCAGCGACGAGGACUCCCUCGACGGGGAGUCUGCGUUCCUCGACCACUCCGAGGACGAGUUGGAAGGCGAUAUGCGCACGCGGAACUUGGUCGCGAAGCUGCGGGAGAAGUGUGCCAAGGGUCGGCAGCACCUUCAGGAGAUGCAUGCGGAGCAGGAAGCCAUUUCGGACGAAAUGAAGCGGCUGCGCACGACCUCCACAUAUUUGAAGGAGCGGCUGCAGACCUUUAAGAAUCGCCUUGCGCGAGCAACCGCCGGAGACAAGACAGCCCAUGAGGACAUGGCCAGUGAUCGAGAUGUUUGCGCCUGGUGGGAGAAGAAAGCGCGUCAGACCAGCAGAAAAGUGCAGGAGCUGGUGGACACGCGGAAAAAGCAGAGGCAUCAGAUGUCCGCGGAGAUCGAUGGCCUCGAGAAAGAGGCGCGACAGUUGGCGCGGCGCACGGUGGGCUUGGAGGAGUACUGGGAUCAGUUCCUUGAUGCCGAGCGCGCCAGCGAGGUAAUUGACCUCCUCGCAGCAGAGCAGCGUGCCCGGCAGCUGGAACACGAAGUUCGCCAACUUGUCCGGGCGCCACUGGAUGCAGCAGGGCUGGAUGCCGAGAGGCGUCUCCAGGACCUGCCGAGAGUCUUCCUUCCGCAGGAGGAUGGCGCCAGGGCGACCCUGGCUCCUGUAGCGGAGCUGGUGGUAGCAGCCGAGGUGCACCGUCGCUUUGUCUCUGCCAGCGGGGAACAGAACGCCGAACUGAACGAGAUGGUCGACCUGUGCAACAGUAAGAUUGCAGAGAAGGACGACAAUAUCGCGUCGCUGAUCGAGGAGGGCACGAUUGGUCCAAAAACACGUUGGCUUUCUGUGCUCUAG